AUGUCCGAACCCAGUAUAGAGUGCCAGUAUUUCGAGCAUGUACCCGAGUACAGCAUAGCGGCAUGCAGAGAGUGCAGAUAUGCAGUAUGGCCAGAUCAGAUUGAAGGCCAUCUACAGAAGCAGCAUAAGGUUAGUUACAAGGAGGCUGAGGCAGUUGGACAGCAGGUUCGCAGCUGGGCUGGCGUGCUAAUCUGCAAGCCAUGCGGCUACGCUGUCCCGCCUACUACGCUUUCUACCCACAUCAAAGUCCACCACCUCUACGAUGCGCGUCAUGCCGCUACAAAUCUCUUUAACGCCCCCCAAUCACGGAACCCAGCUACUCUGCUUGCGAACUAUCUCUGCGAUCGAUACCAACUCCUUGAUCCAGCCAUAGUAAAGCUCCCAACGCCGCCUGCAACAAACCUGCCUAUUCCUGAGCUUAAACUCCACCGCGGCUACCAGUGUACGCGCUGCAGUUUUGUGCUGCGCUCACAAGGAAAAGAAGCUGAGAUCUCUAUGGGAAGGCACUUCAACGUACAUCGCCUUGUGCCACGGAAGCCAGGUCGCCAAGCAAAGAUAGCAGGUAUACCGGCUCAGGACAGUGGACCUAUGUUCACUAAGGUCUAUUGCCAGCGCUUUUUCGCCGCAGGCGCGCAGAGCUCCUUCUUUACUGUCAAUGUCCCAGAUAAAGUGCAGGAGCUAGUGAAGAGUAGACCAAGAGGGCAUGCUGAUGUCUUCCGAGCCCUGAUCGAUGAGCAGCUCACAGCAGGGAACGACGAGCAGGACGCUCGAGCGCAGAUCUACAACAGCCAGGUCUCGAAGACUGAGGUAUCGCCAUGGCUUGAGAUGACGCGGUGGCCACGCUACUUCCACGGCCUGAACAUGGCUGACGUUGCGCCGCUGGCGUACGCAGCGAAUCCAAUUACUGAGCCUUCCCUUGUCCUCUUUGGAGAGAGCUUCGACCGAAUUAUCGAGCGCGCGCACCAAUCUAUCUGCGAGGACAAGAUUAGCGUCUUUGACCAGGCACAGAUUAACAGCUUUAUCGCCGGCCGUUCGGGCAAGCACGAUCGUAUGCUUAUGGUCAAGCUAGCUAAGAGCACGUUCCGCGCGUACAAGGGCAUCUGGAAGCGCCUUCUCUGCUUCGUGUAUCGAACAAGCCAGCCUACGCAGAGCAUCCCCUUGCUACACAGGCUCACUACCGCCCAGCUAUUCCACCUUGAUCGGGCCCUUCACCUUGCGGAGGAGCUCUCUUCCCUCUCGCGCCUACCUAGAAGCGACACGCCGCCUGCAGAAGGUGUUGCCAUUCAGGACUACCCUUCUUGGAAUCGGCCCGAUGCUUCUUGGCCGAAUGUUCUACAACCUUCACUUUCACUCCUUUGCCGUUAUGUGCUUACGCAUAUCUUAUGUAUAUAA